AGCUUCCUUUGAUUCUUCUCUUUGAACGCGUUCGCGGAAUCUCUCUCUUUCCCUUUUCCCUCCCCUCUCGCGGGACCGCUUCGCACGGCGGCUUCCGAAAUCGGCCGGGGCGACGCAGAGAAGAACCCUAGCUCCUCCUCCUCCUCCUCCUCCGUUCCGCCGCCGCGAGCCGGGGCCGCCGUCGAGGUUCUCCGUCGGCUCUCUCCCUUCGGCAGUGACCGCCAUGUCGACUCCUGCGAGGAAGAGGCUGAUGAGGGAUUUUAAGAGGUUGCAACAAGACCCACCGGCAGGCAUUAGCGGUGCGCCCCAAGAUAACAACAUUAUGCUUUGGAAUGCCGUGAUAUUUGGUCCUGAUGAUACUCCAUGGGAUGGAGGUACGUUCAAGUUGACUCUUCAAUUUACAGAGGAUUAUCCAAAUAAACCUCCGACAGUGCGUUUUGUUUCUCGAAUGUUUCAUCCAAAUAUCUAUGCCGAUGGAAGUAUCUGUUUGGAUAUAUUGCAAAACCAGUGGAGUCCUAUAUAUGAUGUUGCAGCAAUACUCACAUCUAUUCAGUCGUUGCUGUGUGAUCCCAAUCCAAACUCUCCUGCAAACUCAGAAGCUGCUCGAAUGUUCAGUGAGAACAAGCGUGAAUACAACCGGAGAGUGAGGGAGGUUGUGGAGCAGAGCUGGACUGCUGAUUAAUUCCCAUCCAGGGGGGGACCAGUAGAGUAGGUCAAGUUUGGGGGUUUCAUCUGCUGAUUGUAAUCCACAAUCCAUACAAGGGCUGUGUAACUUGUAUCCUGUAGUAAACCACCACGCUUGAAUUCUUGUUAUGUCAUUGUUUGAAAAUCAUUUAUGGUGCUGUCCUCGUCGUCGUCUUCCCCAGCUUGGGCGAACUUUUUAACUUUGUAAAAGGUAGAGUUGAACUAUCAGCAAACGAUUGGUGUAAAAGUUAAUGUAAUAUGGGCUUGUUUAAAGUAAUAUUUGGCAA